AAUACAAACACCUUGAGAAGAGAUAGCACCACUAAAUCAUCUUCCCGGUUUGAAUCUAGGUCGUUGUCCACGAAAGACAGUUUUAAAAGCCAGGAACAAAUCAUAUCCAAGCAGCAUCAAAGAAAAAGAUUUACCAAUCAAUUUUUCUGUAACUGGAACCGUAUUCAGUUUCAACACAUUACRACUGGAAACUUCAUAAUGGCAGAGCAAUGCAUGGAAUGCGGAUGUACAUGUUCAAAAUGUAACGCAAGUUCGGAAUGUAUUUCCCUCAGAGAGGAAAUAGUAAAACUCUGUAAAAAGUUGAACGAAAGCGAACGACGAACACAAGAAUUGGAAUUAAAGCUCAGAGAAUCAAAUCUUGAGAAGGAAGCAGAGCACUUGAGGAUCCAAGAGAAUUUCGAGUCUUAUUUGGAGCAAAAUAAACGGUUAAAGGAAAGUUAUGAUCAGACAGUCAGACAAAACCAAGAACUCGAAAGUCAAGUUCUGAAAAUGGCUGAUGAACUACAAACUGAAAGAUCAAGGUUUGACGAAGCUUUGAUGGCGAUGACUGAACGACUUAUCGACGCUACAGAAAAAAUGAACACAAUGGAAAAAGAAACGGUUAAAAGCAGAAAAGAUUGCGCACUGGUUGUUCAGCUUCUUAAAUGUAACCAAUCACUGGACAGGAAUUUCAUCUCCAAGAAGCUCGACUCGUUCCCCUCAGAGCUCAAGGGCAAGUUGCAAGAAGAGUUAAAACUGAAAGACACGAGUGAAAAAACUGAAAAAUCUCGAUCUAUGUCAGCAGUUGACAGUAAUGAUAAUGCAACAGUGAGAAGUUCCUUACAUAAGCAGCCAUUUGCUCAGAGACGCAGUAAAUCGGUCACCUUUUCAAUGUCUGAAGAUGAAAUCAUACAAAAUGGUUUCCAUCAGAAUUGAAAAUGUCAUUCUUGAAUCUAAAUUGUACAUUUGAAAACAUCUAGUUAAGGCUAUUAAACUCUUUACAAACCAGAUAACAGAGACAGUAGAAAAGACUUUUAAUGGAAAUUUAUUUUUUGAUGAUUUUGCAUGUUUUUAUUCUCUGAUAUGAAUUGCGGGUGCAUUAAUACUCCUCAUUUAUGCUACAAAGUUUUAUACAACCAAUAACAUCAAAAACGUAUGUACAUAUAUUUUACAAAUCUAUAUUUUAUAUAAUAUUUUAUAUAAAUUAUAUAUAUAUAUAUACAAAAUUAACAAGA